CCGGAAGUGGCGUGUUUGCUGUGGAUGGACGGCGUCUCCGCUCGUGAGCACACUCCUGACGAGCACGCGCGUGUCGAGCGAGCAGUGACAGGUGAUUGGCGUUCGUCAUGGCUUUGAUCUCCUUGGAAGACCUCGAGGGAUUGGACGAAGACGAGCAGCUGGACGAUGACGCCGCAGACAACUCCGAGCCAAUGGGGGACGAGCGCUCGGACAGGCUGCUCGCUCAUUGGAGGGAGGUGGCCAGUACGCAUCAGGUCGCCGUGCCGACAGAAAUGAUGGGGCCCAUCCACGAAAUGACAGGCAACAACCAGCAGAGGGAGCCCGUGCCCUUCGUGCUCAUUUCCCGCCAGGAGAAGAUGGGCGAGGUGCUGUGGGAGGAGCGCGCGUACCCGGCGGGCAAGUGGGCGUGCGUGCGCCAGGCCGAAGAACUUUACGAGCAGAGCAUCUCCAAGAGCUUCAUGAAACUCAUGCGCUUCAUUUGCAAGGAGAACUCGGCAGGUCGCCAUCUCGGCCUGACGGUUCCGGUGGUGAGCACGGUGCUGCUGACGGCCGACGGCAAGACGCUGGACAAGAACGUGGUGACGGGCUUCUACCUGCCCGGCGCCUUCCAGGACGCGCCGCCGCGGCCGCACGACCCCGACGUCGACGUCGCGCAACGCGACGCCGUCACCGUCGUCGCCAGGCCGUUCUUCGGGACCACCAACGAGGAGACGGUGACGGGUCACGCGGGCAUCCUGCGUGAGCUGCUGGGCGCCGCCGCGUCCGCCCAGCUGCGCUCCGACGUCUUCAUGGUGGCCGUCUACGAGAACCCGGGCGUCCCGCGCCGCCGCAACGAGAUCUGGUUCCUGCGGCGGUAGGACAGAGACGCCGCGCCCGCUUCCGUCCUUUGGAUUCUGUGUUGUUCAUCGUUAGCAUGCUUAGCUGUUAGCGCCGUUAGCUGAAGGUGAAUAUUUUUGUAUGUAAAAAAAACCCAAAACAAAAAUGAUUCCAAUGAAAGGCUUUUAAUUUAAAAGGUUCCCAGGAAGAGCUGUUUACUGAACUUUUAUUGUGAAGUACAUGUCAAAUAACGUAUUACAUGGACUCUGUCUUGUCAGCUGUUGCUCUCGUAACACAAUAGAAAAAAAAAAGUUUUAAUUCACAAAAAACAUUUGCAACAUGAAUUUGACAAAAGUAAAGAACUAAAAAGGAGGGACGCCAUUCUGGGCGAUCGUUUGAAAGAUGAUUGCAUCAUGUUCAUGUGUGUGUGAAUUUUUGUAACUUGACAAAAAAAAAAUGAUUCCAAUCAAAAGCUUUUAAUUUGAAAGGUUUCCAGAUUUCUUGUUUUUUUUUUUAAUUUGCAGAAAUGUCAGUGUUUUUUUCCUGUUUUCACAGACGUGUAGAAAAAAUGCAAUACAUUUUGGAAUAAACUUGCAAAAUUAAAUAAGGAUAAAAUGAAGCAUGAACACUGUUUAUGCACAUGGAAUUUCUUAUCUUUAAUAAAGUUCAAAAGAAACCAUAUUUCUUAAAUGUUUUCAUAAUAGGUGUAGAAUUUUGAAAGAAUAAAAUUAUUUGA